AUGGAUGAAUUUGAUUGGGUCAGAUCGUUUCCGACCUCCAGCUACGGAACUGUGAGCCAUGAAGUUCCUGCGAUUGAGCGGCACGCAUCCUCGAGUUCGGCAUCGCGUGGCUCAUUCGCUUCCUUCGUCUGCCAUGUUACCAAUCUCGAGAGCAAGUUGCGCACACUGGCGCCCAUCGUGCUCGAUGACUCUUCAUCCGUUCGAGCCACGGGAAAGAUCCUAGGCCAAGGCAAGACUUUCAUGGUGAGGCAUGCUUUGUGGGUGAAGGACCCAAAUGAGCCCCCUCUCGAAGUUGCAUUGAAGGAAAUCAUUCCUGAUGUGCAAGCUGAGGAGGAAACGUCACAAUCCGCAUCCUCGACGACCAAUAAGCCACAGGUUGACUGGAAAGAGAUCCUUUUUGAGCUCCGAGCUCUGCUUCACGAACCCGUUCGAUAUCACCCAAAUAUCGUUCGUCUUUUGGGGGUUCAAUGGGGCCUUUCGCCGAUCUCUGAGUCGACUUUCCCAGUCUUAAUCAUGGAGUAUGCCUCAUUCGGCACGUUCAAGACUCUGCAGUCUUCCCAGAAUGCGUUGCCUCUUCCAGUCAAGCAGAAGCUAUGCUAUGAUGUAGGACGCGGCCUGUCAGCUCUACACUCUGCUGGAAUCGUGCACGGCGAUAUGAAACAUGAGAAUGUCUUGAUAUUUCCUUUCAAGCGCAGCAGGAACUCCAACGCGGAGCCAGAGCCGUACGAGAUGAUGUAUACUGCCAAACUAGCAGAUUUUGGUGGCACGGUCAUGGAUAUGACUUUCAGAGAGACUCGGAAGUUAGAGACGUGGACAUGGCCUUUUCAAGCGCCCGAAGUUACUGAUGGUCGAUUAUUGACUAGAGAAGGAAUGAUGCUUACGGAUGUCUACUCCUUCGGUCUUCUUGUUUGGCGAGCUUUCGAAGACGGAGAAGGAUUUGUUUCGUUCCCGGGGGCUGCGCAAAGCGCUCCGGAUGAAGAGAAGCGCAAUCUUAACGCCAUAAAGUCGACUGAAGGACUUACUCAGAGUGGCUUAUGCAGCAUUCAAGACUACGCUACCUCACAUAAAGUCUCACGGGCAUUCUAUGACAUGUUCGCAUACACAAUCCUUCACACCGUCAGGCUGGUACCAACGGAUCGUGAUCUAGUUAAAGCACUUGCGGCUCUUAGGGGCGUUAAGCUUGGUCACAUACCCGAAUAUCAAGAGUUCGUGCAAGAGAAGAACAACGAGCGUACCGCAACGGAGGCCCGCGAAGCACCUGGGCGGCAUGGCAUCACCAGAGAUGCGUUGUCUUUCUACCUCGGUCGAUCCGGAGACGACGUCGAUUUGCAAGAUAACCUGCCCGGUUUUCGACCUCAGCUCGACGAGCCUAAUGCGGAAGAGUUCACCUUUGAGCCCGAGAAACUAAAGAACAUCCUAACUUGGGACCAGCAGCGGCAAAUACUUGAGGAGCUCAAGUCCGCAGCUUCAGGUACUCGUGCUAGCACUAGUGGCCUACUAGAUAUGAGAAAAACGGUCGCGGCAUUCUUCGUUUUCCAAUGCUACCUUCUCGAGUUCGGUACACCAUUCAACGAUCUGAAUGCCUCUGAGUGGCUUUUAAAAGCUGCUUCUGAUGACGAUAGCCACGAAGACGAAGACUACCUUUCGCAAGCGUGGGUUUGGCGCAUUUCACGAGCUCUGGGAGUGAGUCUGGACUUGCCAAGGCAUAGACUGGACACGCUUCUCAAGCUGUCUGUCAUGCGUGGACAUAGAAUUUGUCUUCAGGACAUCCAGGAGCUUGCUUCCACUGGAAGUGCCACAGACCGUCAGCAGUGGUGGAGUACCUUUCAGCAAGCUCGUCGAUUUUUAUUAUCGCAGAUGGGUGCCGUUGGCAUGGGAUACUUUUUUUCAUCCCACCUCACCCCGCCCUGGAAUAACAUCGAAAUCGAUAAUCUACCGAGCCUGGACAGAACGAUCCGGGAUAUACUGGGUAGUGCCUAUGACUCAUGCUUGAGAGGAUCUUCGUUCCAAACUCUGAGUGAUGCUGGAAGCGAUGCGACCGAAUCGAGAUUUGAUAAAAUCUACGUGAACAGACGCGGCCAUGGGUUGUUGCACUACGCCGCAGCAGCUGGUUUGUCGGAAACUUUGCAGCACCUCGUCAUGACAUACAACUGCAAUAUCAAUUUGCCAAACCAGCAUGUCGACGAGCCGCCUCUUUUGUGUGCUUGUGCCGGCGGCAAACUCGACUGCGCGUUGUUUUUGCUAGAUAACGGCGCUGACCCCAACGGUUACCGCUUUGGACAAGAAGGGCCACUGCAUUGGCUCUCGAGCUUCUUGCCAAACGAAAUGGAGACUAUCGCUAGCAAGCUUGUCGCCGCCGGCGCGGAAGUCGAGCUGCGUUCAGGUGGUAUGCGCCAUGACGUCCGAGGUAUCCGAGCGGACUGGGAACGUAUUUUCGAAAUUCGCACGACUCCCCUUGGGAGAGCGGUUUUGAUGAAUAAUAUGGACGCCGUCAGGGUGCUUCUAAAACUUGGGGCCGACCCCCUUGCGAAGAGCGCAAAGAAGCAUCGGGGUGAGUGGGAAGGCUCGAACGACAUGUCUAAGAUGGUGGAUGUUACAUCACCUUUCGAGCUCGCUGCUGUCCUCACAUAUCCAGAGAUUCUGGCUGCUUUCAUCACUCAUAUUGAUGGGGGCACCACCACUCCAAGCCUGCGGCUUCUUGACGAAGUGGGCAUGUUAGAUCUCGCUCGAAGUAAGGCGAUUACUCAGACUGACCCGUUAUCACUUCAAAGUCGCCUCGUUCGUUGUGGAAGUCGCUUCAAACAGAACCUGAGAGCUUCUCUGAUGGUACUUUAUGCUCGAGCUUUGCCAUUUACUGGAGGAAUGGCUUCAGAGAAUGUGCAGAAAGAAAGAAGCCGGGUACUCAGUCGAGAGGUUAAGCUGGGCAGUGUUGACAUUGUGGAGACGCUGCUAGAGUUGAGAUAUCAUCCUGACGGCACAAAUCAUCAUCGACCAAUCGAGGAAGCCAUCCGGAUGAAUCACGACGCUCUGUUCGACCUCUUGAAAAGGUACAACGCCAACCUUUCUGUUACUCGAAUGACGCCCACGGGAAGGAUAUCGCUGCUUCACAUAUGUGCAUCUCGGCCUCGUCAAUCACGGCCAGGAAGGUAUAUUGCAGAUGCUCUUAUAUCCGCAGGUGUACCUCUUGAAAGUGUCGACCCGCGCAGUAAGUCACCGCUUGCAAUGGCCAUACUGAACCAGAAUUUUGACGUCGCGGCUGCACUGGUCGAGAAUGGCGCUAACGUCGACGCGCUCUACCCGCUGCAAGUUUCCGGAUUACAUGGCUUGGAGACAAAACAUACCACCGUACUGGUGGAAGUACUGUCUCAACACACCAUGCGUACCAUUAAGUCACUGAAGUUUUUGUUCGGCAAAAGCACUGGUGGUCCAAAACAACGGCCCUCAUUCCACAUCGACCCCGCUAACAAAUUCUCCAUCCUUCAUCUUCUCUCUGGUAGUCCGAACUACACACACAUCGCUCAAAUCACGCCCAAGAUAUUGAGCCUCUGCUUGGAAACGUACAAUGAGCCGGAGUUCAUCAACUACAGGCAUCCCCUUCUUGGAUCCGCCCUUUGCUAUGCAGCAGCGAAUGGUCAGAAAUCCAUGGUAGAUCUCUUGCUGAAACACGGAGCUGAUGACAGUGUUGCUGCGGGGCCAGUAGUUAGAGACUCAGUCCAGGUUUUAUUACGGCCUAAAAAUUCCUGGACGCCACUUUGGGCUACAAUCUUGAAACUUGAUGAGGAACUAUCAAAAGGCAUUCUUCUGCCAUCCAAGGAUUCACCCUACGACUGGAUUCACUCAUCUUUAUUGCAAAACCUUGAGAAAUGCAUCGUGUUUCUGUUGAACAACACUGACGAUGCCCUUGCGCAACAGGCUGUGGAACAACUCAAACAGAAGAAACGCUCGAUUGAAGACGAUGAGGUCAGGUGGCGAGUCGAGAGACGCAGGAAUAAUCAGGCAGCAGAGACAGCGGAAGCUGAACGACCUAUCAACCUGGGGUUCCUCCCAGGCUCGGCGAGCGAAAAUGACGAGAGAAGGAUUCGAGAGAUCUGUGACCGGCCUGAGCCUGAGUGGAGAUCGGGAGAGCUUGAUCGGCUUAUGCGCAGUACGCAUCUUUAA